AAGUUACUCCACCACAUGUACGGCAACUUCUAUGCUCCUCCAAAUCGUGAGCUGUGCAAGAGCCUCAUGCCCGUGUUGACGCAGUGGCUUGCAGAUGGGAUAAUUCAUUUUUGUCGUUCGUUUAUGCACCCGAACACUGUUGAAGUCGUCCCGGGUGGCCUGAAUGGUGCCUCUCCUGGUCUACAGAGGCUGAAGAAUAACCAUGUCGGCGCUAAGAAACUAGUAAUUCGCCCUUGGGAGACUGUAUGA